AUGUUUCCACGCGCCUCAGCAUCGCUUAUUGUCACAGCGCCCCUCUCUGCCAUUCCAAGCAGCAUGAUCUCAUCCCUGAGCAGCAAAUCCUUGCACAACUACGGCGUCCUAAUGGUGAAGCGCGUCAGCACAGGCAGUUUUGAAGGCGCUCACGUAUUUCCCGGCGGCCUCGAAGAACCACAGGACACCUGCCAAAAUACCUCAUCUCUGAGCGCAUUGCAAAUCUGCGCACUGCGAGAGACAUUCGAAGAAACCGGGCUCCUGCUUACUGACACAUUGCCGCCAGACUCCAUCAUUACUCGCGGGAAAAGCUUCCAUGAAAUGUGCACCUCGGGUGUGCGGUUUUUGGAUCCGCAGGGUGUCGGGCGAUGGGUGACGCCGAGGGCGCAGAAAAAAAGAUUUGACACAAGUUUUUUCAUAGUCAACAUUGGCAACAACGAGCAAAGCAGGCGUGUGGUGGAUCAGCUGCGCCGAGUGAGGGUGCAGGAAUCCGAGGUGGUGCAGGUCGCAUGGGUGCAGCCGGAUGAGGCGCUGCAGGCGAAUAUGCAGGGGAAAUUGCCCCUGUUUCCUCCCCAAUUCUACAUGCUGAGUGAGCUGGGAAGGGUGCGCAGGUGGCAGGCUUUGGCCGCGCAGGUGGGCGACAAUAGACGCGCGGUGGAGCCGGUGCUUUGCGGGCGUAGUGAUGGGAUGACCGUUGCGCUGCUGCCUGGCGACAAGGCGUAUGAGCAGCGAAUGGGUGGUGGUGACGGGGAUCUUUUUUGUGAGGCUGGGGCUGGCCCGCUGCAUAGGCUUGUUAUGCGGAAGGCCGAGUCCGGCGGGUUUCAUUGCAUUCGGCUGUUGCAGACCAUCCAAGCUCAGCAGCAGCCGAGUCUUUGA